UAGCCUCCCUUUUUAGCAGCAGCCACUGCAAACUUUACACAGGGGGCUGAUUCGUAUGGUGGUCAAAUAUCUCUGGGUUUGGACUAGGCAUUUCUGUGUUUGUUUUUGGAGGUUUUUAUUUAAAUUUAUCAACUUUUAUUCAACUGGGACGUGCCAUUGAGGUCAGAAGACCUCUUUCCCAAGGAAGACUUAAGUUUUCUGGGUAUAUUUACAUUUUUUGGAGCAUAGAAGAGAACAAAAAUGGAUAGGAAAUUGAAUCUUAACCGAGCCGAGACUUUUUCCUUUAUCAACCCUUGGAUAAGGUACUUCCUGUUCUUUUUCAGCUUCUUGUUCUGGGUCUUCUCCUUGCUGAUUGUUGCUAUAGGGGUAUAUGCAAAGGUUCAAAAAGCAACAGACACGGUCAGAGACACGUUCCUGAUCGACCCAGCGGUCAUCCUGAUCGUGGUGGGCGUGGUCAUGUUCUUCAUCACCUUCUGCGGCUGCAUCGGAGCCCUGCGAGAAAACAUUCACCUUCUGAAGACGUUCUCCUUCAGUCUGACUCUGGUCUUCCUCACUCAGCUGGCCAUAGCCGUCCUGGGCUUCUUCUAUUCAGACCGGACACGAGACGCUCUGGGGAAGUUUGUGAAUAAAGCCAUCGUGCACUACAGGGAUGACCUGGAUCUGCAGAACCUCAUGGACUACAUUCAGAGAGAGUUCAAGUGCUGCGGCUGGAACAACUACACUGACUGGUCAUGGAACCUGUACUUCAACUGCACCCAGGGGAACCCCAGCUCUGAGCGCUGUGCGGUCCCUUACUCCUGCUGCACCCCCGUACCAGGAGAGGUUGUGAUCAACACCAAGUGUGGCUUUGGGGUCCAGACUCAGAAUUACCUCGAGGCCACCAAGUCCAUCUAUCCAGUGGGUUGUGCAGACCGGGCGGUUCGGUGGAUUGAGUCCCACCUGCUAUUGGUGGGGGCUCUAGCUCUGGGUCUCUCCCUGCCUCAGGUAACCCAUGCACAAGGGCUACAUACAGGAGGUGGAGUGGGGAACACCAGCCUUCUCAUAGUGGGUCUGCAUACAACAGAAAUGAGGCACAGGCAGAUUUUAGAUUCAGGUUGGGAUGAUAAAACCCACCACUGAGAUGGUGGCCUACUUACCACAUCAUGUAAGAUAUUAUCCAAGCCUAUAUUCCCUCACAUCCUGAGUGUGAGGCACUCAUGAAUCACAUCCCUAUAAUAGCCUUGAAAGCUUUCAAAAUGUGGGAUAAUUUAAGUUGGUGUUUAAUUAAGUUGCAUGACUCACCCACUCUUGUCUGCUGGUACAGUAGCUCAUUUCUCAGAGUGCUGUGUGCAGUUUGUACAGUCACUAAUGAACGGGGCUGCUCACUACUCAUCUGUCAUUUCUCUCUCCGCCUCCAGUUUCUCCAUCUAUCCCUUUUUCUCUCUAUCCCUCGCUCUGAUAUUCCACUGAUUUGGUCUCCUCCGAGAGGGAAGUGUGUAAAUUACCCACGAGUCACGUCAAAACAAUUGCCUUACAAUUCCGACAGCUUUGAUGUGGCGUCGUAUUGAAGAGCAGGAGUCAAUGCCUACUUUCCCUGUCUCUUCAUUUAUUUAACUGUUGUUUACAUCACCCGAUGCUGUGAUCACUUGCACAAAAAAAGCUCCUAUUGAUGCAAGUUAAAACAAACACAAUGUGUUAAGGUCAAAGAAUAACUAUCAGACUCUGCAGUCUGUUUUCAUGCAGAUGUUAGAUGAAAUUUGCUAAGCAAUAGAAUUGUAUCCACUGUGCAUGGUAAAGCCACGCAGGUUUUGACCUUCAGAGACUAUUCUUAGUAAGCCGUAUUAAGCUUUAUCUAAGAGUGGCGGUGUUGGGAGUGAGUUAGCACCCAGCCUUGCGACUCAAAUGAGACCCUAUUCCACAUACUGGGCUCGGAACAAAACUAGUGCACUGUGUAGGGAAUAGGGUGCUAUUUGGGACGCUGCCAGAGUGUGUUCUUGUCUCUGUCAGAUUGCAGGCAUUGUGCUCUCCCAGAUCCUCAUCUCUCAGAUCCAGGAUGAGAUCAGCUCAGUGUUGUGAGAAGAGGAUGGCCCGACCGACACAGAAAAUAACAGAACAACUAGGAGAGAACAGAGAAGAAGUACUGGCCACUCCAGUUAACAAAGGGCAUCCAUCUACGGUUAUAUUACACAGCCUUCGGAGCAUCUGAUUUAGUGGUGUGCUGUAUAGACUGGAUGGAAGUGUGUCAUUAUAUGCUGGACUUAGUUGACUAAAGGCUGACAUUGGAAGUGUUUAUUUAUUACAUUAUUUAUACAUGAUUUUAAAAUAUGAUUUAUAUUGACAUGAGGAUAUUCUUUUCUGAAAAUGAUGUAUUAUUUAUAUUUCAAAGUGUGAUUGCUAAUAUAAUUUGCUAUAUGACACUGUAAAUGUUGUGUUACAGAACAUUCAAUUGAACAUACUUUUUCACAAAUGUUGAAGUUAUAGAAAUCAUUGGAUAUUGAAAAUUUUGAUAAUGGACCAUGUUGAUGAUCAUUUCUAUUAGGUCCACGUAACUAAAGAAUAAAGGCCACAUUCUUCAGCCAAACAUCCAGUCAAUUUGGGGAGGGUACCUCUGCAGUAGCCCCUGGUCCAGACUCAGUGACAUCCAGCUUUAGGCCCUCUGCCCAGGCUACCCAGGUUAGGCAUGCAGGACAUGGGCUCUCUGGAUCAGCCGGUCAGUGAGGGGCGAGUUGGGCUUCGUUGCCUCACGCUCCACCAACAAACAUCUCCAGAAGGACAACACAAGACAAAAAAGGACAGUUCUAGAUGGAGUUCUUUAGAGUAGAACAUCUAACUGGAGAACAAAAGGCACUCUGCAACGGUAAUCAGUAGAUACAGUACACUGUAUACAGACAAUUGUGUACUGUAUUGCACCCAGACACUCUUGCAUUUUACAGACUUCAGGGGGUGUCAAUAAGGACAAGCUUAGCCAUGAGAACAUACUGAUGAAAUUCAACAGUCAAGAUAUUGUUUCUUCUUCUACUCCCCUAACGAGGGAGCACAGGGAGCAGAAGACGAGAGAAAAUAAAAUCUUACUUGACAGAGGACCAUUUUCUUAGGUCAUGUGUAUUAUAUUGUACAGAUAAAUCAAUAUUGUGUAUUUUAGCCAUUCACUUUUGUUGGGUUCUAACUUGAAAAACGUAUUCCUGUCAUUAUAUUAGAACUUAUUGAUUACGUUGCAUGUAUAAUAAAUGCACGUGUCACGGAUCAAUGAAAGGGUGAAUAGGAACUCUGUGUAUGAAAAGUUACUAUGGGAGAAAAGGGAAACAGAGUAUGACAUCACUUGUAAACAUCCUGGAGAAGUGACCGGAUAAAGAGCAGCUGCUACCAGGCGGCUCGAUCAACGAAGACGACACCAAACCGUCAGGCAGUAUUGGGUAACAGAUAGCAGUUGAGAAGUUACAUCCCUCAUCUCAUCUGGACAUAUAAAUGGUUGUUUGAUCAUGUGCAAAGUGUGAUUGCAGCUGAGGCACCCAGUGGGUUGAAUAAAAUGGGUUAGAGC